GGAUCGUGCGGGAGGCGGGGCCUGUGUGUGGGGAUUCAUCGUCCACAGCCACACGUGACGCGCUGUAGUCGCAGGCGGAGAGCUGUAUCGGUGAGCACGGACUAUGGAGCUGAAGAUGCGGUUGUGUGUGGCGCUGGUGUCUCUGAGUGUGUGUGUGCUCCUCGCGGGUCGCGUGAGCGCUCAGGACGAGGCCGACGACAUGGACAUGGACGUGGAAGAUGCCAUCGACGACAUGCAUGAGGAAGAGCUCGAGGAAGAGGCGCCGACGGCCCCGACCACACCACCGGUUCCCACGGUGACGUAUAAAGCCCCGGAGCCGAUGGGAGAGCACUACUUUGCCGAGUCAUUUGAUAAAGGAACACUUCAGGGGUGGGUUCUGUCUCAGGCCAAGAAGGACGGCAUCGAUGAGGAGAUAGCCAAGUAUGAUGGGAAAUGGGAGGUUGAGGAGAUGCAGAACACUAAACUCCCGGGAGACAAAGGCCUGGUGUUGAAGUCCAAAGCCAAGCAUCACGCCAUCUCCGGUCUCCUCCUGCGACCUUUCACCUUUGACACCAAACCCCUGAUCCUGCAGUACGAGGUGAACUUCCAGACGGGCAUCGACUGUGGCGGGGCGUAUGUGAAGCUGCUGUCCCAGACGCCGGACCUGGACCUGGCGGAGUUCGUGGACAAGACUCCGUACACCAUCAUGUUCGGGCCUGAUAAGUGUGGAGAGGAUUACAAGCUGCACUUCAUCUUCAGACACAAGAACCCCAAAACCGGCGAGUUUGAGGAGAAGCACGCGAAGAAGCCUGACGCUGACCUGCGCUCGUACUACACCGACAAGAAGACACACCUCUACACACUGGUGCUGAACCCGGAUAACAGUUUCGAGAUCCUGAUCGACCAGACGGUGGUGAACAGCGGGAGUCUGCUGAGUGAUGUCACUCCCGCCGUAAACCCCCCCGCCGAGAUCGAGGACCCCGACGACCAGAAGCCGGAGGACUGGGACGAGAGACCGAAGAUCCAGGACCCCGACGCGGCCAAGCCUG